AUGGUGCCCCCUCAGGUGCAGGAGUUCAAGCACAUCAACGGCCGCUGGUCCCUGCCCGAGCUGGCCGUGCAGGAGUUCGAGCACAUCAACGGCCGCUGGUCCCUGCCCGAGCUGGUGCAGGAGUUCGAGCACAUCAACGGCCGCUGGUCCCUGCCCGAGCUGGUGCAGGAGUUCGAGCACAUCAACGGCCGCUGGUCCCUGCCCGAGCUGGCCCCCGAGCCCAGCGCCGACUCCAAGCGCUCGUCCCGCGCCUCCUCCCCCGCCAAGACCGGCCCCCCCAGCCCCGAGCAGAGCGGCCCCCCCAGCCCCGCGCCCCCCACGCCCGGCUGCACCUUGAGGUGUGGCCCCAUUGAUGUCCCCAUUGAUGUCCCCAAUGUCCCCUCUGAUGUCCCCACUGAUGUCCCCUCUGUCCCUAGGCUGGCCCAAGCUGCUCCUCGAGGCUGGCCCAAGCUGCUCCUCGAGGUGUGGCACGUGGACGCAUGGGGCCGGCGCGGCCUGUCGGGGUACGGCGUGUGCCACGUGCCCAGCGCGCCCGGCUGCCACCGCGUCACCUGUGUCACCUGGCGGCCGCGGGGCACGCGGCGGCAGCGGCUGCUGGGGACAGGGGGACCCGAGCUGCGCGUCCCCGAGGUGGCGGCCACCGCCGCGGGGGACAGGUUCCGGCUGCGCACCGAGAGCGCCGGGCGCGUGCGGCUGCAGCUGGGC